AUGCUCAAAAAAAAACCUGCCAUCGAUAAGAAACCAGAACAGGCCGUAAACUUUCGUACGUUGGUUCCUCAGGAUUUUGCAGAGGAGGAUACCUCUUGUUCCGCUUCUUCAAGUGAGAUAAAUCAAUCGAGAUUUAACAGCUUAUCAAGAAAGAAAGAGGCUUUGCCUCCGGUAGUCUCCCGAGUUACAACCCUUCUAUGUGAAGCGGAAUCGAAAGCCACGUCUCGCGAUUUCGCAAAAUCUGUUGAAUUGUUGGAGAAAGCGACGACAUUAGGAAGUGCGUGCGCCGCCGCAAAGCUUGGGUUGGUCUACCAUGGUGGUCUCAAUUCAACAGUGAAUCCAGACUAUGCAUCUGCUGCUGCCUACUACUUCUUGGCCCUCAAAUUAAUAUAUAUGAUCCCAAACAACAAGUGGGAUAUGUCUUUAUUAUUGGACGUAAUUGCCGGGUUAUCUGAGAUAUAUCGGAAACAGAUGUGUCGAACGGAGGAUGGUGACAUAUGGAACACCGGCGUAAAGGCCAUGAGGCACAUCGAGUGCACCCUGAUGGAUCCGUCCAUGACAAAAUUCUUAUCGCACAAGGAUAAUCAGAAGUGUAAGGCCGCAAGGAUUCAUAUGAAUUUCUGCUUGGCAAUGACGGCAGAGGCUGAUGGUGAAUUCACUGAGGCCCUGACAUUAUACGGGACCUGUAAACGAAUUGGAGAAUGUAAUUUUGCCACGGCAGAUAAGUUAGUUAAAAAAGCGCACACCAAGAUUAGGAUCUUGGAGCGUCAAAUCCCAAAGGUCAAACCCAUAUGUAUCUCGUGCGAUUUUGAGCCCAAAGAGCUCAGCGAUAUAUGGAAACUGCUGGUAUGUAGUAAAUGUCAAGUGGUUGCCGCAUGUAGCCGAGAAUGUUUGACAACUCACUUGGCAACACACAACAAGAAGGAGCAUGAGGCAUAG